AUGAAGAUUAUGAGCUUGUUGCCUUUCUUUCUACUUUGUGCCUUCACCUCCUACUUUUCUUCAGCCACAGCUGAAUUUGUGUUGGACACUGCUGGUAAUCCUUUGCGAAAUGGUGGCGUAUAUUUUCUGAGGCCAGUCAUAACAACUGGAAACGGUGGUGGAGCAGAACUUGCCGCAACCGGAAACGAAACUUGCCCUUUAACUGUUGUCCAAAGUCCCUCUCCCUUCUCUAACGGCCAACCAGUAAAAAUUUCGUCCCUAUUCAAAAUCGAGCAUAUUUACGAAGGCCUUAUCUUGUACAUUGAGUUCACUUAUAUACCCCUAUGUGCUCCCGCUCCUUCAUUCUGGACUGUUGUGCAGGGUGAAGAAGGAAAGGGGCUCUCUGUUAAAAUUACUGGGUAUAACGACCCUAUACCUGGUUGGUUUAAAAUUAAGAGCGUUUCUGCUGCCAUUGGGGGCUACAACCUCUUAUUCUGUCCUCAAAAUAUUCCAUGUUUGUACGUCGCGAUUGAGCAGGAUACCGAUGGACAUAGGCGUUUCGUUGUGACACAGAGUGAGGAGAACCGCUUAUGGAUUCAGUUCGAGAGACUUGCAUCUGCAUCAUCUGCAACUGCGCAUGAACCACUAGUGUCCCUCAAAAGUCAUGUGUAG